AUGUCUGCAUAUCAGAAAUCUCGCGGUGGAAAGGAUCAGUUUGAUUGGGAUGCAGCUAGAUCAGACAGAGAUCGAGAUUGCUGUUCAGGACAUUCAGGCAAAGCAUCAACCGGUCGAUGGCAAGAUGGAAAAGAUGCAUCAAAAUAUUCUAAAACUCAACAAAAUCAAGUCCAAAUCAAGUCAGCAGAAUUUCGCGCAGCUAAAAAGCUGGAAGAAGAUGCAUUGAUGGCCGCUUUAGGCAUGAAACCAUUACCAAGCGCUGCUGCUGCUGCUGUCGCGACUCCUAUUCAACAACAGAAACCGGUGACUAAACGUGAACCCCAAUCAACUUCAGUGAAAAACGAACCGAUGACACCAGCCAUUCAUGGUGACAAUCGUCAUGGCAAAUAUCAUGAUCAGCAGAAAAGUCAUGAUAAAAAAAAGAAAGAAGAUCGACGAAGACGUCGACAACAGAAAGCAGCUGGCUCUGAUGAAGAUAAACAUGAUUGGUCAGCAAGUGAAGAUAGCGAAACUGACGGUGAUGAAGAGCAGGAUAAAGAUACGAAAAAUGAAACUGAGCAGUCAGAUUUGAUGACUGAAAAAGAUCUUGACGAAUUUCUUGUUGAUCUCGUUAAGAAACACGGACUGAGAACAAUACAACGCGCAUUAAAAUCAAAGAAGGAUAAAAAAGAUCGUAAACAAAAGCAUAGUUCACGGUCUGCAUCUUCUCAAUCGGAAUCAGAAGAUGAAAAACGCGAAAGCAAACAGAAACAUAAGAAAAAGCAUUCUCAUAAAGAAGAAUCACAUUCAAGCAAACGUCGUCGGACACGUUCACCAUCGUCAUCCAAAAACGAUCGUUCAAAACGUCAUUAA